AUGCCACGCACAUUCAACUACAACCACGCGUGUAAGUUUCCCAAACCCACAGCGAACGUAACCGUUUCCCAUCAAUUUUCCCCUUUCGAUUUUCCCGGCCACACCACCGCCGUCAUCGCCGCUUCAUCCACCGACGACAGCGGCAUCCCGUCUCAAGAUCUCGCAGUUCUCCUCGAAGUCGACGGGGUUCUUGUGGAUGCAUACCGUGGGAAUCGCAUAGCCUUCAAUAAAGCAUUUGAGAAACUUGGACUUGAUUGUGCGAGCUGGAGAGAACCUGUCUAUUCAGAUCUUUUAAGUCUCAGUUUGGUAAGGACUUGGAAUUUCUGCAUUCAUGCAAUCAUGGAUCUUAGCUGGACUGUUUGCAUAUAUAAAGCCCUUGUUUCUGAGCAAGACGAAAGACAUCUAUUGGAGAGAAAUGUGAAUUCAGCCCUUCAAAUAAAGACUGAAGAACUUAAAAGGAACUUGUUACAGGUUACUAAUGAAAAGGUGAAAGCUCUAAUGGAAUUGGCACAAUUAAAGCAGGAACAUCAAUUACUUCUGGAAAAAUUAGAUCAUGAGAGUAAACAAGGAGUUGGCGGUGGAGAAAGAAAGCUUGUUAUCCGUGAAAGUGAUGGAACUCUAAAAAACUUGCUGAAGAAAUCAUAUUUGAGACGAUGGAUUGACCCACUGGCACUGGAUGCUAGAGGAAAAGAAGUUAUCAGUAAUUCAAAUAAUGAAGGGAAGCUCAUCAGAUCCAACAGUGUGGAUUUUGCAAGGCAUAAAGUUAGUGAUGAGAAUCGAGAAAGAGCGUUAAAUCCUCAACAUCCCUAUAGAAAGUCACGUUUAGGGUGUGCUCGUCUUGAAGCUGAUAUGGUAGAAGAGUCAGAAGUUGGUGAGAUAAACCGUAGUCAAGUGUGGAAGGCUGCCCGCGUCAAUAAGAGCGGGGUGAUUGAUAAUGAGAAUGUUCAAAGAGUUGUGGAUCAAUGUGAGAAGUUAACAGAAGCUCUAUCUGAAGAAGAGAGACAAGACCUUGGUCCCACAAACAUAUUAUUUGAGGCUCUUAAUCUCCCAAACUACUCUGGACGUGUUAGGACUUAUGGUUUUGGGGUAUGUUCUAGGGACAUAUUACCACGCCAAAAUCGCCCCACACAAAUGGAUUUUGAAAAAUUGUAUGGCUUUUGUAAUUCACUCAAAAGUAGAUUGGAGGUGCUAGAGAGAGAAAAGAUUGAGAGAGAUAAGUUGGAUAGAGAGAAGCUAGAGAGGCAACAAACUGAAGAAGUGGAAGAAAGGCAACAACCUAAACAAGUGUCAGAGAGGUUGCAACAACCUGAAAAAGUGGCACAGAGGCAACACCUUGAACAAGUGGUAGAAAGGAAACAACCAGAAAAAGUAGCUGAGAGUCGACUACCUAGUGAUAAAGGUUCUUGCAACCCUGGAUCAUUUGGCAACAUUCCCGAGGUAAUUGAUUUCUUUAUUAUCUCUCAAAUUCGAUAUGUUUGUUCUUUCAAUAAUGAUGUUAAUCUUUUUAUUCAUAUCUUAUUGGUUUAUGGUCUCUUUCCUGUUAAUAUAUAUUUAUCCUCCCCGAGUCGUUGUUUGGUUGCUCGUGGAAAACUAUAUAACACCAAAGGUAACACGGUACAUGGCAUGACGUUACCACCUGGAUAUGUCAAGGUUAAUAUCGAAGUUGCUAUUGUGCCAAAUGCCCCAUUGCCUAUAUCUGUUGAAGAUGGAGAUGUAUCCAUGGUUGGUCAAGCAAUAGGAACAAUUGUGCCAUGGCCAACGAAACUUCUUGAAUUUGUUGCUGAAUGUGAAAAGAUUCCUGGUCAAUCCCAAAACAAAGGUAACAAUAUUCAACACAGUGUUGAAUAUUCAGUUUCAUCACCCAACAAAAAGUUCAAAUGUUUUGACUUAGAUGUUUAA